CGGAGCGACAGGUCUCGGGCCCUCAGGCGGAGCGGCGGGCGCCGGACCCCCAGGAGGAGCGACAGGUCUCGGGCCCUCAAGCGGAGUGGCGGGCGCCGGACCCCCAGGCGGAACGACAGGUCUCAGGCCCCCAGGCGGGGCGGCGGGCACCGAGUCACCAGGCACAACCGUGGGCUCCGAGUCAACUGGGAUGACCGCUGGCACUGGGUCAUUUGGCUCGACAGCGGGCAUCGCGUCAUCUGGCAAGGCAGUGGGCUCCGAGUCAACUGGUAUGACCGCGGGCACUGGGUCAUUUGGCUCGACAGCGGGCACCGGAUCAGGUACCGGAUCAUCUGGAUCAACAGCGGGCAUCGAGUCAACUGGCCUAAUAGGAUCGUCAGGCUGGAUCAGUUCAUCAUGCUGGGUAGAGGCAUCAGGCCGAGUAGAGGCAUCAGGCCGAGUAGAGGCAUCAGGCCGAGUAGAGGCUUCAGGCCGAGUAGAGGCUUCAGGCCGAGUAGAGGCUUCAGGCCGAGUAGAGGCUUCAGGCCGAGU